GGUUUCUGAUUGUCUUGGGGUGUUUGAUCUUAGCUGUCCUAACAACCUUCAAGGAGUAUGAAACGGUUUCUGGAGACUGGCUCCUCUUGCUGGAAACUUUUGCCAUUUUCAUCUUUGGAGCAGAGUUUGCCUUAAGGAUCUGGGCUGCUGGCUGUUGCUGCCGCUAUAAAGGAUGGAGGGGGAGACUCAAGUUUGCCAGGAAGCCUUUGUGCAUGCUGGAUAUCUUUGUGCUGAUUGCUUCGGUGCCGGUGGUAGCGGUUGGAAAUCAGGGCAAUGUCCUGGCCACAUCUCUCAGAAGCCUCCGCUUCCUUCAAAUUUUACGGAUGCUCCGAAUGGACAGGCGAGGAGGCACAUGGAAACUUUUGGGAUCUGCCAUUUGUGCCCAUAGCAAAGAACUCAUCACUGCUUGGUACAUCGGGUUCCUGACCCUCAUCCUCUCCUCAUUUCUUGUUUAUCUGGUUGAAAAAGAUGUGCCUGAAAAGGAUGCUAAUGGGGUGGAGAUGAAGGAGGAGUUUGAAACCUAUGCAGAUGCACUGUGGUGGGGACUGAUCACCCUGGCUACAAUUGGGUACGGCGACAAGACUCCCAAGACAUGGGAGGGACGACUGAUUGCAGCUACUUUCUCACUCAUUGGAGUGUCAUUCUUUGCCCUUCCUGCUGGCAUCUUGGGUUCAGGGCUGGCAUUGAAGGUCCAAGAGCAACAUCGCCAAAAACAUUUUGAAAAAAGAAGAAAGCCAGCAGCAGAACUUAUUCAGGCUGCCUGGAGAUACUAUGCUACUAACCCCAAUAGAAUAGAUCUAGUUGCUACCUGGCGGUUUUAUGAAUCAAUUGUAUCMUUUCCGUUUUUCAGGAAAGAGCAAUUGGAUGGUACUGCCAGCCAAAAGCUGGGUCUCUUGGAUCGGGUUCGUGGUACCAAUACUAAAGGAAAGCUAUUUACCCCUCUGAAUGUAGAUGCCAUUGAAGAAAGUCCUUCAAAAGAGCCUAAGAAUGUUGGCUUGAAUAAUAAGGAGCGUUUUCGCACUGCAUUCCGAAUGAAAGCAUACGCUUUUUGGCAAAGCUCAGAAGAUGCGGGAACAGGGGAACCCAUGGCAGAAGAUAGAGGUGACAGCAAUGAGUUCCUCAUGGAAGAUAUGAUCCCCACAUUCAAGACAGCCAUCCGAGCUGUCAGAAUACUACAGUUUCGUCUCUAUAAAAAAAAAUUCAAGGAGACUUUGAGGCCUUAUGAUGUAAAGGAUGUGAUAGAGCAAUACUCAGCAGGGCAUCUUGAUAUGCUGUCCAGAAUAAAAUACCUUCAGACAAGAGUAGAUAUGAUUUUUACACCUGGACCUCCAUCUACUCCCAAGCAUAAGAAAUCCCAAAAGGGAGGAGCUUUUUCUUACCCUUCGCAACAGUCUCCCAGAAAUGAUCCAUAUGUAGCCAAAGCAUCUACAGCAGAUACUGAAGACCAAAGUAUGAUGGGCAAGUUCGUUAAAGUUGAACGACAGGUUAAUGACAUGGGGAAGAAACUKGAUUUUCUUGUUGAUAUGCAUAUGCAUCAUAUGGAACAUCUGCAAAUACAAGUCGCUGAGAUAAGUCCAUUGAAAGAUACUGUUUCUUCUGCAAAGGAGAAAAGAGAAGAAAACAAAUAUUCUGAAUUAAAAACAAUAAUAUAUAAAUACACUGAGCAGUGUACUCAUGAAAAUCCUCAUAAUUUCCAGCAGGUUCCUGUCAACAAAGUCAGUCCUUAUGGUUUCUCAGCACAAGGUCAUUCGACUCGUUCACAACCUUUAUCAAUAUGUGGGCAAAACUCUGGCAAAAUGCACGCCACACCUUCCUCAACUUCAUAUGCAGAAAGGCCAACAGUUUUGCCUAUAUUUACAUUAAUGGACUCCCAGGUUAGCUACCACUCCCAAGGAGACCUGCAGAGCCCUUACUCAGAUAAGGUGUCUCCAAGGCAGAGGAGGAGCUUUACAAGAGACAGUGAUACUCCGUUAUCCCUUCUCUCUGUCAACCACGAGGAACUUGAGCGCUCCCCAAGUGGCUUCAGUAUCUCCCAAGACAGAGACGACUUCCCUUUUGGCCCAAAUGGGGGAUCCGCAUGGAUGAGAGAGAAACGUUACCUAGCAGAGGGUGAGACAGACACAGACACUGAUCCUUUUACACCAAGUGGCUCCAUGCCUUUGUCUUCAACAGGGGAUGGGAUUUCAGAUUCAAUAUGGACCCCAUCAAAUAAGCCAGUUUAAAAGAGUGUGGGGGCAGUCACUGGAUGACUUCUCCRUGUAAUGUAAGCAUACUUUGUAUAUCUCACUUACUGUACACCCAAAGCUUACUAGUUCAAAACACCAAUGGCUGCAUAAGAUGCAUGUGAUAUUAGUGGUAGUCAUUCUGCACCAUUUCAUACAAUUUACUAAUGCAGUUUUUUUCAUGCUACCAAAACUAAGGAGCUUAGUUUUGAGCAUGGUUUGCAUGACUUUACCCUAUAUAGAUGGUACAGCUGAAUUCUUCUAUGAUACUCUUCUAUCUGAUACUCUUCAAUACAAUAAUGGUGGAUUGAUAACAGGCGAGACAUGAUGGACCUUGCUACUUUUUGUAAACAGAGCGGCAAAGUCAAYGUAGUUUCAGGAGCAAUAUCUCUCAAUGGAAAAAAAUCUGAAUGUACAUUCCAGUGUAAGUAAAUCAACCUCUAUCCAAAUAGCCAAGCGCAUCCUACAUUCUAAGCAAGGAAAAAGCUGAGUCAAAAUAAAUGACCAUUCUGGAAUGAUUUUGCAAACUAAAUAUUUCUCACAUGCACUCACAUGCAGAAUUUAAAAAUGAUCAAAGCUACCUACAGGAAUUAGCCAUGUAUAUUACCUUACUGCAAAAUAUAACUCUAAAUCCCCCAAACUAUUUGGAAAAGCUCCACUAAUUGUUAUGAAAUUGGUAAGUGUGAUUACAAUAGUAUUCUGUAGAAAACCUUUUACUAGGCUCAUUUGUUUCUUCUAGGGCCAAUAUUUCUGUUCUAAAUAAGGUUGUUCAGUGUUGGGAAAUCUAAGUUUCUGCUCACAGCUUUUAUUGAGUCAUAUGGUGUUAAGUGAGCUCUAUAAUUUAGCUGUGCCUCAGUUUCCUAAUCUGUAAAUUGGAAGUUAUAACCCUCACAAGGAGGACAUGAGGCUCAAUUCACUGACAUUUGGCAAGAACUUUGAGCUCCUCAGAUGUGCAGUGUAUUGCAAUUCUAUUCGCUGGUAGUUACACAACACAGAAUGCUGCCAGGGUCUAGCUUACUUGGAAAUGGCCUGAUCCAAACCUAUGUAUGUGUGCCAUAUUUAACAUCAGUGUACAAAUAAAUAAAUUACAUGCUCUCAAAAUCUGUCCCUGAGCAACAGAGSGAUAAGUAUUCUCUCGAAGUGUCAGCCAAGUAUCUUGCAUUGGAAUUGCCUUUUGUUUUGAGUGAAUGUAGGGAAGCAAUCCAGCAAUCCAUGGACACAGGGAAGAAAUGGAGCUAAGACCUCACCAUUGCAGUAGGAAUGUGUUAUCUUUACAUCUAGUGAAACCAACCUGACAAAUAUCAUAUGCAAGACUCAUCUGAUAUCUCUCUAGAUGUCCAGGACCCUCUAGGAGUCCAUGUGAUGUUAAGCUUGGUGGCUACACACUCAUUACAGCUGGCAGAAAACUAAUCAGUUCAGUCAGUGAGCAGUGGGUACAAAUCAGCUGAACCACAGCAUGCUUAUGCUUUAUGGUGCUGUUUCACACCUUUAACUCCAUUAUCUAUAAUGACCAGG